UUUCAAAUGUUCCAGCAAUGGAAUUAAGUCAACUUCACGUGAAUGGAACGAACGCGGGAAGUUACAUGUAUAACUUCCGUGCACGCGUUAAAGGACACAUUUAUCCUACUCCAAGCUGGGUCAAGCAAUCAAAUCAUGGGGAUGAGCUUGGUCCUGUGUUCGGUUACAACUUCCGGUACAACAAGAUACUUGGUAUAUCAACAUACAAACCGACAAUGGAAGAACAGCAGCUGUCGUUGAAGAUCAUGACGUAUUGGUCAAACUUUGCUAAAACCGGAAACCCAAAUGAACCCAUGAUUGUUCCUGCUGGCAAUGUAUGGCCUAUCUAUACACCAGAAUCUCAAGAAUAUCUGACAGUAGACUUUGAGGAAGAUUCCGUCCAGAACUUCAUGUAUGUACGUGAGCUGGAGUUUUGGCGGAGAACAUUGCCCACAUUUUUCGAUGCUGUUGACCAGAAAUCUAGGUUCUCGUCUACUGUAUCAUCUGAGACAGGAUACUGCGAGAAAGACGGACCUUGUAAUUGAUAGAACCGAAAUUUCUUUAUUUCAUUAUUCGGAAUGUAUUAUUUUAAUUAUGUGUACUGUCUUAGCAAUAUGACAGUCACAUACAUGUUUUGGAAAGUUAAUUAGUCUUUUCUUCAGGGUAAUUUCAGAUCUGAAUGCAAGUUUAUUCUAAAUAAAAUGUAUAUUUAAAACACAAUGUAGUUUAAAAAUGUCUUUUAGAAGCUUUAAUUAUUGACUCAUAUUUUUCAAAAGUUAAAAAGCCAGACAUAUUAUUUUAGGUACAGAAUAAAAAUGUGCAAUUUAAAAUAUACGACAAGAACUUGAAACUUGUCAACAUUUUAUUAAAGUACUUAAAGCUC